AUGGACAGAAGAUUUAAUCUUUUGUCGGAAAGGCUUGAUGCGGCCGCGGGCACUGCAAUUUCUGAUCCAACAUCCACUACAAAUACGGGACCCAUGUACCAACACAUGCGAACCGUAGGUGAGGUGGAUGAGUUCACAACCGCUCUACUGGACCCGUCGCUUAGACAGCAGGUGAUAACACACCUGACCGCUUUCGGUGGUGAUACGGUCAGCACGUUUGCUGAUCGGAUUUUUGGUGGCCUAUUCGCUGAUGAAAUUACUUAUCAGAUGACAUUUUACCGCCGCCACCAAGUCAAAAGAGGCUUCUUCGACUCCAGCCUAUUCAAGAUUGUCCUCGUGUUGGAGACACUGCAGUGUACCACAAACACCUUGCCCCUUCUCAAACCGGGAGAUAAUUGUGACCUGUGGCAUUCCCUGGCCAAGAUUAAUUUGCCCUCCGUGGCUGCGAAAGACCGUUUCCACUACAUCUGUUGCCAUCUAUCCACGGAGGCGUUAACCAAAGCUUUUUCCUUCGGCGGGAAGUUCGACGCUGAUGUCAACUCACUGCUUUCGUCCCUUCGUUUUCGUCUCGUCUGCAGCUUCCUGGGGAGAGCGUGCGUGACUAUUUGGGGUGUCUUCGUCCUUACUCUUCGCAGCAUUGCCGGACUGCCCCUCUUCUGUGUCGGACGCAAUUCUUGUCGCACACUUUCGCGCUGGAAUUCUCGACGACCACCUGCGGCGUAA